CUUUUGCUCUUCAACUUAUUCCUUCCUUGUGCAGGAUUAUGAAGACCAUGGGACCAUCCACCAUAUUCCUUGUGUCUCUGUUUUCCUUACUGAUCCCGGCUCAGUCGGCCCCUGAUCCCACCCUGGACUCUAACUGGCAGCUGUGGGUUAAAACUCAUCAGAAGACCUAUAAGGAUGCGGAGGAGGAACGUACCAGACGGAUUAUCUGGGAGGAGACACUGAAAUUGAUCACAGUCCAUAACUUGGAAUAUUCCUUGGGACUCCACACUUAUGAGAUUGGGAUGAACCAUCUGGGAGAUAUGACCUAUGAGGAAAUCACUGAUACUAUGACAGGAUUUCAAGCUUCUGAUGAUCCAGAGCCCAAUAUAACAUACGUACCACAGGAAAAGGUUACACCACCAGAGCAAAUAGACUGGAGAGAUAAAGGCUGUGUGACUCCCGUGAUGGCCCAGGGGGGUUGUAAUUCCUGCUAUGCUUUCAGCGCUCUAGGAGCUAUGGAGGGCCAGUGGCAAAAAUGGUCAAACAAACUGGAAGCUCUGAGCGAACAAAACCUAGUUGAUUGCUCAAAAGUAAAUGGCUGCAGUCCUGGAAGCCUGGACGAUACCUUUAAAUAUAUCAAGGAAAACGGUGUUAACACUAACCACUCUUAUCCAUACAAAGGAAAGGAGCAGACGUGCAACUUUAACUCAAGUAACACAGUUGCACGGUGUAAAGGAUACAUAAAAAUAUCACCCGGGAGCGAAGAGCAACUUAAACAAAUAGUGGGAACAAUUGGACCUGUGUCUGUUGCUAUAAAUUUUACAAAAACUUUUCGCUCGUUCACAACCGGUGUUUAUACCGACAAUAAAUGCGAAACAUUGUUGGGUUUACAGAAUCAUGCCGUGCUUGUGGUUGGAUAUGGUAAAGAGAAUGACGAAGACUAUUGGCUGGUUAAGAACAGCUAUGGGACUGGAUUUGGUGUCGGCGGAUACAUUAAAAUGAGACGAAAUUAUCGCAACCAUUGCGGCAUUGCAAAUUAUAUUUACUACCCUAUUUUUUCAUAGGAAAACUUACACCUUAAAUAGAAUAUGGCUAAAAAUUCUUUUUUAAUAUAGUUACAGGAAAAGCCCUACAGACAAAUGAUGGCUAGAAAUGCCAUAUUUUAUAUACUGAACUUACUGCACCAGCCUAAAGGUUCAGCUACUGGGGGCAUUUUU